ACGAAGGAACGGAACAAAAGAGAGAGAGAGAGAGAGAGAGAGAAAGAUAGACCCGGCUUCGUCGAGCGGUACGUCGAAGCGAAAGAGCUAGUGUCCAUAGUGUGCCAGCCAGUACGGGUGUACUUCGACCAGCGCCAUCGUCACUCGCCAGCAUCGACAUGGAGGAUACGAAAGCGGAAUAGUGUCGUUGAGAUGCGGUGAAGUAGUCCCGAGACAUGAAGAGAGCGCGACCGUGGGCCGCGUGGGUUUCUCUGAGUCGGGACCGGCGAUAGCAGAGCCGCGAUCAAAAUGAGCAUACUAAACACGGAUUCGGAGAACCGCGUGAUCCUGAACGUGGGCGGUAUCCGGCACGAGACGUACAAGGCCACCCUGAAGAAGAUCCCCGCGACCAGGCUGUCAAAGUUGACCGAGGCACUGGGCAACUACGACCCGAUCCUCAACGAGUACUUCUUCGACAGGCAUCCGGGGGUCUUCGCCCAGGUGCUCAAUUACUAUCGCACCGGCAAGCUUCACUAUCCGACCGACGUGUGCGGCCCGUUGUUCGAGGAGGAGCUGGACUUUUGGGGCCUCGACUCCAAUCAGGUGGAGCCAUGUUGCUGGAUGACGUACACCCAGCAUCGGGACACGCAGGAAACGCUGACAGUCCUCGACAGGUUGGACCUCGAUACCGAGAAGCCGACGGACGAGGAACUGGCAAGGAAGUUCGGCUUCGAGGAGGCGUAUUACGAGGGCACUCUCACGUGGUGGCAGAAGCUCAAGCCUCAAAUGUGGUCGCUGUUCGAUGAGCCCUACUCCUCGCUGGCAGCCAAGGUGAUUAGCAUAGUCUCGGUUCUGUUCAUCUGUAUCUCGAUCUUGUCAUUCUGCCUGAAGACGCACCCGGACAUGCGGGUGCCGGUGAUCGUGAACCGAUCGGUGAACACGGGCAACGGUAGCUCCUGGGCGGUGGACAAGACGCACACGAAUGCCCACGACUUCUUUUUCUACAUCGAGUGCGUGUGCAACGCUUGGUUCACCAUCGAGUUCCUCAUACGGAUCACCGCUAGCCCGAACCGUUGCGUGUUCAUCAAGAGUUCGGUGAACCUGAUCGACAUGGUCGCCACGUUGAGCUUCUACCUGGACCUGGCGUUGCAACGUUUCGCCUCCCACCUGGAGAACGCCGACAUCCUCGAGUUCUUGAGCAUCAUACGUAUCAUGAGACUGUUCAAGCUGACCCGUCACUCGUCCGGCCUCAAGAUCCUCAUCCAAACGUUCCGCGCCUCCGCCAAGGAGCUCACGCUGCUGGUCUUCUUCCUCGUCCUUGGCAUCGUGAUAUUCGCCAGCCUGGUCUACUACGCGGAGCGUACGCAGUACAAUCCGAAGAACGACUUCAAGAGCAUACCGUUGGGCCUUUGGUGGGCACUGGUCACGAUGACCACCGUCGGCUACGGUGACAUGGUGCCGAAGACCUACGUGGGGAUGUUCGUCGGCGCGUUGUGCGCCCUCGCCGGUGUCCUCACGAUCGCCCUGCCGGUGCCCGUGAUCGUCAGCAACUUUGCGAUGUAUUACAGUCACACGCAGGCGCGAGCCAAGCUACCGAAGAAGAGACGCCGCGUAUUACCGGUCGAGCAGCCGAGGGUGCGAACGCUGGGCGCGCCGUUGGGCGCGGCCGGGGUCGCUGGCACCAUGGGACCGCCGGGCUGCACCCAGCAGCACAUGCAGUCGGGCGGGCCGACAUCCGGGGCCGGUGGCCUGGCCCCUGGUCUUGGACAGACGCCCGGCGUCGGCUGCGCCGGCGGCAUCGGCCCUCAAAACAGACGGAUGAACGCCAUCAAGACCAAUCAUCCCAAGGAUGUUUCGUUCGCCACGAAAACAGAGGAGGACCGGAGGAACUCUAACCUGCGGACCAACGGGACCAAGACAGCCGGAGGUUUGGGUUAAAAAAAGA